AUGACGUCAAAAGGUACUUUUCUUAUACAAAUUGCGUCUGUACCCGGCAAUCAAGUUGGUCAACGACGAUUUGAACAAUGUCGUUAUUUACAUGAUUUACUUGUAAAUACAUUAAUCGAUCAAAAUGAAGAAAAAGAUCGAAAAGCACAAAUAAAAGUAUUAUCUAAAUUAGUUCCUCAACAUAAAAUUGUUCUUCGAUCAGGAUUUUCACAAACAACUCAAUGGGGUCUAGAACCAAAUAUGUUUAUUGAAAUUCAUGGUGAUGAACAUCAAGCACGUAUAAUUAGUGCACUUUUUGGUAAAGCAUUUUGUCAAGAUGGUAUAGGUAUUGGUGGUGGUGGUGGUAGUGGAGUUGAAGGACAAAAGCAUUCUGUAUUAAUUGUUAAUAAAAAUUGGACUAAUGAAAAUGAACGAUUAAAUUUUGUUUCAAUGAUUCUUCAACAUUAUCCAUUACUUUCAGCUCAACUUGAUAUUAAUGGACAACUUGCAUUUCAUGAUUAUUCUAUGCAAUCAUUAUAUUCAUUUAAUGAUAUUAUAAAAUUAAUUAAUAAUAAUAAUAAUAAUAAUAAUAAACUUAAUCGUGAAAAAUAUUUUAUUGAAGAACGACAAAUGAAAAGUGAACUUGUUGAUCAAACUGAAUAUGAAAAUUUAUUAAUGUUACUUGAAUCAUCACAUAUGCGUCAUACAUUUAAUAUAUUACGACAAGCACAUGUCCGUCUUUUUUCUGGUUAUGCAUGUGCUUCAUUAACAUUACCAUCAAUAUCAUUAAAACGUCGACAAAAACGAUAUGAACAAAAACGAGAUAAAUAUGAUAAAAAAAAAAUUCUUUCAUAUUCACCUUCUCAUUUAUGUUCAUUAAUUUUUAUUUCUCAUCAACCAUGUAUGUGUCUUACAGACACCAAUUGCUUUUGUCAUUAUACGCUUGCUUUUACUACAUAUAUUCCUUCGUCGUCACAUUUGUAA